AUAAAUUUUAAAUGAAAAAUAAUUAAAAAAGUAAAUGUAAUAAUUAAUUUUAAUAGAAAUUGUUAAAAAAAGAAAAAAAAUAACAAAUAAGAAAAUGUAGCAAAAUACUGUUAAAACUUUUGAUAAAAAUCAGAUAAAAUAACUUCUAGAUAACAUACUACCUGUGUUCAUGCAGGCUGAAUUAAAGAAUAAUAAAAAACCUGUAACAAUUGCUAAUAUCCUUUCUUAUGAAAAAAUUAACCAAUAUAUAUUAAAAAAAUUUCCUUCUGCAGAUUAAAACUUGAUAACAUAAGAAAAAUUGGAUAAAAUUUAUGAAGGAAUAAUUGAAAUACUAAAAUCAGAAACAGAAACAGCAAUGGUAUUUAAAAAUGUUAUUGAUAUUGAAUUUGUUAAAAUGUAUUUUCUUCCUUAUGAUUUAAAAGAAGCUCAUUUAAUAUAAACAAAAAAUUAAAUAAAUAUAAUAAUCCUAAUAUUUUAAAAAUAAUGACAAACUAAUCAAAUUAUUGCUUUAAUCUUAAUAAAUUUAUUUGUUUGUUUGUUUCUUUCUUUCAAACAAUAUAGUUAUUACUAAUAAAAAAUACUCUUUAUAAUUAACAAAACUAAAAUGUUAGCUUUAAGUAAUAAUUGUAAAAACCUUUAUUUGUAUAAAAUUUGUUUAUGUAAUGUGUGUAUGUAUGUAUGA